UUCGGCCAACUCCAUCCCAUGGCCCUACUGGUCACUUUGUUGGCUGGCGCCCUGGCUGCGCCGAAUGCUCCAGCCACGACGGCAACGACGGUGUGCUCCGAUGGAGGAGAGUGCGAAAAGCCUUUGGGUUCCUACCUUCUCCAAACCCAUGCGGCCCAGCAGCCACCGCAGCCCUCUGACCCGGAGAUGACGGUGGACAUGAACGGCCGGCAGUGCCAUUUGUGCAGCAUGCCCUUGCCGGAACGUUCAGAUCGAAGAUAUUUGCAAAGGACAGACUGCGGAAAUCAGAGUGUCUUCGAGCACCCUGAGAACAAUAGGAAGCCUUUGAUCAGCUUUAGUCGUCAAGGAAGCAAUGCGUACUGCGAAUUGAACAUUCAAAAGUGGUGUGCUGAUGCGAUCUACAACCGCGACUUCCUAUUCCAGGCCAAAGCCGUUGAUGCCCGGACUGAACGGGGCCAUCAAAACAGCUACAACGCGGCAUACUGCGAUCUGAAUGGGUGGCUCACGGUGGAAAUCAAGGCGUUGCAGCAUGACUUUGAAGGAAUGAAGAAGAAGGCCGAAGAGUACUGCCAAGCACAGAAAAAUCAUUGGAAUACCACCAUGACCCAAGAGGAUGUGGAAGCAGUCUAUCGCUCGUCGCAGCACUUUGCGCGCACGGGACGGCCCAGCGUGCGUGAAGCGGAGUUCAUCGGCAGCUGGACUUGUGCCAUGGGCUCCGCUGGCUGUGAUAUGGCCUACUGCGCCUACAGUUUCUGCAAGCUUCCGGGCGGCCAGUAUGGCACCUACGAGGACUGUGAAGGGUGGGACCCAGUGCGUGGAAUGCCGUGAGAAAGGCCGACGUGAAGGGGUUGGGAAGGGCUCUAGAGAGCACACAGACCAGCGGACAGGUGAUGUGUGAUGUUGAAGGGGUAUUGGAAAGGUCGAAAUCAUGUUGAGACCCAGCUAUACCUGUCCGGG